GGAGCCCGGCGUUGAGGAGAGGCUUUGGAGAAGCUGCCUGCUUCUUUGCAGACACCUUUUUUCUAGACUCGUUGACGAAGUGGGUGGGGGUGGUGUGGCCCACGUCGGGAGGUUUUGAACGGCCUCAUCCGGAAGGAAACAAUUUUCCUGUGUUUGGAGACAGCACAACGGACGUGGAGGGAGCGGCGGUAACCUCUCGCUCUUGGCACAAUGGGCUGUACGCUGAGCGCCGAGGACAAGGCGGCGGUGGAGAGGAGUAAGAUGAUCGACCGGAACCUCCGGGAGGAUGGCGAGAAGGCGGCGCGCGAGGUCAAGCUGCUGCUGCUCGGUGCCGGUGAAUCAGGGAAAAGUACAAUUGUAAAGCAAAUGAAAAUUAUCCAUGAAGCUGGUUAUUCAGAAGAGGAAUGCAAACAAUACAAAGCAGUGGUCUACAGUAACACCAUCCAGUCAAUUAUUGCUAUCAUUAGGGCCAUGGGGAGGUUGAAGAUAGACUUCGGUGACUCAGCUCGGGCGGAUGAUGCCCGCCAACUCUUUGUGCUUGCUGGUGCUGCUGAAGAGGGUUUUAUGACUGCAGAACUUGCUGGAGUUAUAAAGAGAUUGUGGAAAGAUAGUGGUGUACAAGCCUGUUUCAACAGAUCCCGAGAGUACCAACUUAAUGAUUCUGCAGCAUACUAUUUGAAUGACUUGGACAGAAUAGCACAACCAAAUUAUAUCCCAACUCAGCAAGAUGUUCUCCGAACUAGAGUGAAAACAACAGGGAUUGUUGAAACCCAUUUUACUUUCAAAGAUCUUCAUUUUAAAAUGUUUGAUGUGGGAGGACAGAGAUCUGAGCGGAAGAAGUGGAUUCAUUGCUUUGAAGGAGUUACUGCGAUUAUCUUCUGUGUAGCACUUAGUGACUAUGACCUGGUUCUAGCUGAAGACGAAGAAAUGAAUCGAAUGCAUGAAAGCAUGAAGUUGUUUGACAGCAUAUGUAACAACAAAUGGUUUACAGAUACGUCCAUUAUACUUUUUCUAAACAAGAAGGACCUCUUUGAAGAAAAAAUCAAAAAGAGUCCUCUUACUAUAUGCUAUCCAGAAUAUGCAGGAUCAAACACAUAUGAAGAGGCAGCUGCAUAUAUUCAAUGUCAGUUUGAAGACCUCAAUAAAAGAAAGGACACAAAGGAAAUAUACACCCACUUCACAUGUGCCACAGAUACUAAGAAUGUGCAGUUUGUUUUUGAUGCCGUAACAGAUGUCAUCAUAAAAAAUAAUCUGAAAGAUUGUGGCCUCUUCUAAGUUUUGCAGUCAAUGGUAAAAUGUAUUUUUCAAACCAAAUGAGUACUUACAUGUGGAUCUCUCUAGACUAGAGUCUUGCAGCAACACAGAAUGUAGUAUACAGCAAAUGCCUCUGGCACCUGACCAAAGUUGUUCCUUUUUUUCUUUUUUUUUUUUUUAUGGUAACUAACAGAAGGACCUUUCUUAAAUGUGAAAGAAGGUCCUGCAGUGUGAAACUGAAGGACAGUGUUAAAGCUGGGCUCUAGUGUAUUGAUGAUUUCUGCCUAAGUGUAAAUAUGCAAAUGUAUGUAUACAUGUAUUUAUAAGUUUAGUUUUUCACAUUACUUUUAGGUUUUAAUAAUGGCAACUUAAGAUUCUAGUGUGAAUGACUUUGGAAAUAACAGAUACAAAGUACCUUGUACUGAAUGACAGAAUAUUACUAUGUUUGCCAGUUUUAAGCAGCUUUAUUUAUGUUCAUGUCCUGUAAAUUUUUAAGUACAGUAAUUAAUAUUAGGAAACAUUGCAGACUUUAUCUUGAUUAUAUGUAUACUUGUAGUCAUAAAAAUGUUAUUUGUACAAACAUUGCAUAGACUAUUUUAAUAACAUGAUUUGUUCUUUACAUUUAAUGUAUUUUAUUGAGAUGUUCCAAGAGGAUGACUGUACCUGCCUUUGGAUCAAUUAUUUAAACACCGUAUAUGUUUUAAAUUUCUUUUUAUUUUAAGAGUGCAUGCUGCUUUAGUUCUACAUUAGAUUUGGUUUGGAAAACUAAAAGUUCAGAUUUUUGAGGAUACACUGUAUUAAACUUAUUAUAUACUCUUAAUUUUUAUUGAGUUGGUUUGUUUUCACUUUGAAUUUUAAUAUUUGGAUGAUAUCCAUGCAUUGCCUUAAAGGUGAUGCCCAGAUUAAUUUUUAUACUCUUUCAAUAACUACAUUUUUAUUUAAAACUAAGUUUAGGUGGCUGUUGAGAGGUUUUUUUGGGCCAAAAAAAUGUCAGCAUAAUGAAUUUUGAGACAUUCAUUUGUGUAUUUCCUUUGGGAAAUCCCUUGUACCUAGCAUACACAAUAGUUUCUUGUUUGGAAGAUAGCAAGAAAGAUUUUUGAAUAACCUACUGCUGAUAUAAUGCAAGCUUUAGAUUCACAUAUGUAACUAGUUUCAAAUUUGAUUAUCACACUAUGCUGAAAUUACUUUUUUCCCUUAUAUGAAUGACAAAUUUCCUCCACGUGCUUGGGUCUAUAUUAUUUCUUUUGAAAAUGUGCUAUUAUUUCUGAGGAAUGAAAUGGGCAAUUACACUUAGAAAAUAAGUAAUAGUAUUUAAUAAAGUCAGUGAUUAUAUGUAUGCUCAAAUAAGUGUUACAUAUUAGCUAAAUAUUGAACUUCGUUAGAAUCAUUUUUCUUUUGAUUAUUCGUGGUGUCUCUGUGACCUUGUUUUGGCAAAAUUAGCAUUUCCUACCCCACCCUUUUUUUAACUCAUUUUGAAAAAGUUAGUCUUUUAGUAAGCUUUGCUGGUAAGUAGUUUAGAAGUUUAAUUAUGUGUUGUCAUUUUGUAUUUGUUGAAGUAUGUAUAUAUGUGUGGGAGGGGGUAGCCGUAAACUACCGUUGUAUCUGUUUCAUUUGGGGGAUUGGUCUUUUUCUUUUCUGUAAUGUAAAGAAAUUCAAAGUUGUCAGAAUUCCUUAAAUGUGUUUAAAUUCUUUAUGUGCCUUUUAUGAAUGAUGUUUUUCAUUAAUUUUACUGAUGGACGACCUGUAAUAUCUACAUUGUGAAGCUGUGUAUGAAAUUCAACUACAUUAUGAAUAAAUUUGAAUCAUAAGAAAUAUGGUUUCAAAAGCCACAAAGAAGCACAUAUUGGUGAUCAUCAUUGAUGAAUUCCUGAACUUUAUUCUGUGUAAUUGUGUUACUAAUAAAUCCUAAUAAAUUUAAAUUUUUAAAAUUUUAUAAAC